UAAGAAGCUUUGGUCUGCCCCAGGAGCUGCCAUCGCGGUGCCGGAUCCGGACUCUCAGUACACUUUCUCCUUUCCCCCCAAGUUGGACCCCUGUGCCCCUUGAGCCAAAAUGGCACAGAAAGGCCAGCUGAGCGACGAUGAGAAGUUCCUCUUUGUGGACAAGAAUGUGAUCAACAGCACGGUGGCGCAGGCGGACUGGUCGGCCAAGAAGCUGGUCUGGGUGCCCUCCGAGAGGCAUGGGUUCGAGGCGGCCAGCGUCAAGGAGGAGAAGGGGGAUGAGGUGCUGGUGGAGCUGGCUGAGAACGGGAAGAAGGUGACCUUCAGCAAGGACGACAUCCAGAAGAUGAACCCCCCCAAGUUCUCCAAGGUGGAGGACAUGGCCGAGCUCACCUGCCUCAACGAAGCCUCCGUGCUGCACAACCUCCGGGAGAGAUACUUCUCAGGACUCAUCUAUACUUACUCGGGCCUCUUCUGCGUAGUUGUGAACCCUUACAAGCAGCUGCCCAUCUACUCAGAGAAAAUCAUCGACAUGUACAAAGGGAAGAAGCGCCACGAGAUGCCGCCGCACAUCUACGCAAUCGCCGACACGGCCUACCGGAGCAUGUUGCAAGAUCGAGAGGACCAGUCCAUCCUUUGCACAGGGGAAUCGGGUGCCGGCAAGACGGAAAACACCAAGAAGGUCAUCCAAUAUUUGGCGGUGGUGGCCUCCUCUCACAAGGGCAAGAAGGACACCAGCAUCACGCAAGGGCCGUCUUUUGCUUACGGUGAGCUGGAGAAGCAACUCCUCCAAGCCAACCCCAUCCUCGAAGCCUUCGGAAACGCCAAGACCGUCAAGAACGACAACUCUUCCCGAUUCGGCAAAUUCAUCCGCAUCAAUUUUGACGUAACUGGAUACAUCGUCGGAGCAAAUAUAGAGACCUAUUUGCUGGAGAAGUCCCGCGCCAUCCGCCAAGCCAGAGAAGAGAGGACCUUCCACAUAUUUUACUAUAUGAUUGCCGGGUCCAGCGAGCAAAUGAAGAAUGACCUCCUCCUUGAAGGUUUCAACAACUACACCUUCCUCUCCAAUGGCUAUGUCCCCAUCCCUUCCCAGCAAGACGAUGAGAUGUUCCAGGAGACCCUGGAAGCCAUGGGGAUAAUGGGCUUCAAUGAGGAAGAGCAGAUCGCGAUGCUGAAGGUGGUUUCCUCUGUCCUUCAGCUUGGUAAUAUUGUCUUCAAGAAGGAAAGGAACACUGACCAGGCCUCCAUGCCGGACAAUACGGCUGCCCAGAAAGUGUGCCAUCUUAUGGGGAUCAAUGUGACGGACUUCACCCGGGCGAUCCUGACCCCGAGAAUCAAAGUUGGGCGAGACGUUGUGCAGAAAGCCCAGACCAAGGAGCAGGCUGAUUUUGCAAUUGAGGCUUUGGCCAAAGCAACGUACGAACGGCUUUUCCGCUGGAUCCUGACCCGCGUGAACAAAGCACUGGACAAGACCAAGCGGCAAGGAGCCUCUUUCCUGGGCAUCCUGGACAUUGCCGGCUUUGAGAUUUUCGAGAUCAAUUCUUUUGAGCAGCUGUGCAUCAAUUACACCAACGAGAAACUGCAGCAGCUUUUCAACCACACGAUGUUCAUCCUGGAGCAAGAGGAAUACCAAAGGGAAGGCAUCGAGUGGAACUUCAUUGACUUUGGUUUGGACCUGCAGCCUUGCAUCGAACUGAUCGAAAGACCAAACAACCCUCCUGGCGUCUUGGCUUUGCUGGAUGAGGAAUGCUGGUUCCCAAAAGCGACGGACACUUCCUUUGUGGAGAAACUGAGCACAGAGCAAGGCAACCACCCCAAAUUCCAGAAGCAAAAGCAGCUGAAGGAUAAGACCGAGUUUUGCAUCAUGCAUUAUGCAGGGAAGGUCAUCUACAAUGCAACUGCCUGGCUGACCAAGAACAUGGAUCCCUUGAAUGAUAAUGUGACGGCUUUGCUAAAUCAGUCUUCGGAGAAGUUUGUGGCAGACCUCUGGAAAGAUGUUGACCGGAUCGUGGGCCUUGACCAGAUGGCCAAGAUGACCGAGAGCUCCCUCCCAAGUGCCUCCAAGACCAAGAAAGGCAUGUUUCGGACAGUUGGGCAGCUCUACAAGGAGCAGCUCACCAAACUGAUGACCACCCUCAGGAACACCAGCCCAAACUUCGUCCGAUGCAUCAUCCCCAACCAUGAAAAACGGUCAGGAAAACUAGAUGCCCAUUUGGUGCUGGAGCAACUGAGGUGCAACGGCGUUUUGGAAGGGAUCCGUAUCUGCCGCCAAGGUUUCCCCAAUAGAAUUGUCUUCCAGGAAUUCCGCCAGCGCUAUGAAAUCCUUGCUGCAAGUGCCAUUCCAAAAGGAUUUAUGGAUGGGAAACAGGCCUGCAUUCUUAUGAUCAAAGCCCUGGAACUUGAUCCCAACUUGUAUAGGAUUGGCCAGAGCAAGAUCUUCUUCCGGACAGGUGUUUUGGCUCACCUUGAAGAGGAAAGAGACCUGAAGAUCACGGACGUCAUCAUCACCUUCCAAGCCCAAUCUCGGGGCUACCUGGCAAGAAAGGCUUUUGCAAAGAGGCAACAGCAACUGACCGCCAUGAAGGUGAUCCAGAGGAACUGCGCCGCUUACCUGAAGCUGAGGAACUGGCAAUGGUGGCGGCUCUUCACCAAAGUGAAGCCGCUGCUUCAAGUCACCCGUCAAGAGGAAGAGAUGCAAGCCAAGGAUGAGGAGCUGAAGUCGGUGAAGGAAAGGCAGAUGAAGGCCGAGAGCGAACUGAAGGAACUGGAGCAGAAGCACAGCCAGCUGACCGAAGAGAAGAACCAGCUCCAGGAGCAGCUGCAGGCAGAAACGGAGCUGUAUGCCGAGGCGGAGGAGAUGCGGAUCCGGCUGGCGGCCAAAAAGCAGGAGCUGGAGGAAAUCCUGCAUGAGAUGGAGGCGCGGAUUGAGGAGGAAGAGGAGCGUGGGCAGCAGCUUCAAGCCGAGAAGAAGAAGAUGCAGCAGCAGAUGCUGGAACUUGAGGACCAGCUGGAAGAGGAGGAAGCGGCAAGGCAGAAGCUGCAGCUGGAGAAGGUGACGGCAGAGGCCAAGAUCAAGAAGAUGGAGGACGAUAUUUUGAUGAUGGAUGACCAGAACAACAAACUUACCAAGGAGAGAAAACUGAUGGAGGAGCGGAUCAGUGACUUGACCACCAACCUUGCGGAGGAGGAGGAGAAAGCCAAGAACCUGACCAAGCUGAAGAACAAACACGAGUCGAUGAUCUCGGAGCUGGAGGUCCGGCUGAAGAAGGAGGAGAAGAGCCGGCAAGAGCUGGAGAAGGCCAAGCGGAAGCUGGAGGGGGACGCCAGCGACCUCCAUGAGCAGAUCGCCGACCUCCAGGCCCAGAUUGAGGAGCUCAAGGCCCAGUUGGCCAAGAAGGAAGAGGAGCUCCAGGCUGCCCUGGCAAGGCUUGAGGAUGAAAUAGGACAGAAGAACAAUGCCCUGAAGAAGAUCCGGGAGUUGGAGGCCCACAUCUCGGACCUCCAAGAGGACUUGGACUCUGAGCGGGCGGCCCGGAACAAGGCCGAAAAGCAGAAGCGGGACCUGGGAGAGGAGCUGGAGGCGCUGAAGACGGAGCUGGAGGACACCUUGGACAGCACUGCAACCCAACAGGAGCUCAGAGCCAAGAGGGAACAAGAAGUGACGGUUUUGAAGAGGGCUCUUGAGGAGGAGACCCGAACCCACGAAGCCCAGGUCCAGGAGAUGAGGCAGAAGCACACGCAGGCCGUGGAGGAGCUGACGGAGCAGCUGGAGCAAUUCAAGAGGGUCAAAGCCAACCUGGACAAAGCCAAGCAGGGCCUGGAGAAGGACAACGCUGACCUGACCAUUGAAGUACGGUCGCUCAACCAGGCCAAGCAAGAAGUGGAACACAAGAAGAAGAAGCUGGAAGGACAGCUGCAGGAGUUGCAGACCAAGUUCGCUGACGGUGAAAGGGUCCGGACGGAGCUCAACGAAAAAGUCAACAAGUUGCAGGUGGAGGUUGAAAACGUAACAGGGCUGCUGACCGAAGCGGAAAGCAAGACCAUCAAGCUCACGAAGGAUGUUUCGGCGUUGGGGUCUCAGCUGCAGGACACGCAGGAGUUGCUCCAGGAAGAAACGCGGCAGAAACUCAACUUGUCCACCAAGCUUCGCCAAAUGGAGGACGAGAAGAACAGCCUCCAGGAUCAACUGGAGGAAGAGAUGGAGGCCAAGCAGAACCUGGAGAGACACAUCUCCACCCUCAACGUCCAGCUCUCCGACUCCAAGCGGAAGCUGCAGGAGUACGUUGGCACCAUCGAAAGCAUGGAGGAGGGCAAGAAGAAGCUCCAGAAGGAGAUUGAGGGCCUGACGCAGCAGUUCGAGGAGAAAGCCGCUUCCUACGACAAACUGGAAAAAACCAAGAAUCGGUUGCAACAGGAGCUGGAUGACUUGGUGGUCGACCUGGACAACCAACGGCAGCUGGUCUCCAACUUGGAGAAGAAGCAGAAGAAGUUUGACCAGAUGCUGGCGGAGGAAAAGAACAUCUCCUCCAAAUACGCCGAGGAGCGCGACCGUGCUGAGGCCGAAGCCCGAGAGAAGGAGACCAAGGCGCUGUCUCUGGCCCGCGCUUUGGAGGAAGCCCUGGAAGCCAAGGAGGAACUUGAGAGAGCCAACAAAGCCCUGAGAGCCGAGAUGGAGGACCUGGUCAGCUCCAAGGAUGACGUCGGCAAGAACGUCCAUGACUUGGAGAAGUCCAAGCGCGCCUUGGAGCAGCAGGUGGAGGAGAUGAAGACUCAGCUGGAAGAGCUGGAGGAUGAGCUCCAGGCCACAGAGGAUGCCAAGCUCCGGCUGGAGGUCAACAUGCAAGCCCUCAAGGGACAGUUCGAGCGGGAUUUGCAAGCCAGGGAUGAGCAGAACGAGGAGAAGAGGAGGCAGCUCCAGAAGCAGCUCCACGAAAUGGAGGUGGAAUUGGACGAUGAACGGAAGCAGAGAGGUCUGGCCGCUGCGGCCAAGAAAAAGCUGGAGGUGGACCUCAAGGACCUGGAAGUCCAGGUGGACUCGGCCAACAAGGGCAGGGAGGAGGCCAUCAAGCAGCUGCGGAAACUGCAGGCUCAGAUGAAGGACUUCCAGCGGGAACUGGACGAUGCCCGUGCCGCCCGAGAAGAAGUCUUUGCCACGGCCCGGGAAAACGAGAAGAAAGCCAAGAACCUGGAGGCUGAGCUGAUGCAGCUUCAGGAGGAUUUGGCCGCUGCAGAACGGGCGCGGAAGCAAGCGGAGCAAGAGAAGGACGACUUGGCGGAAGAGUUGGCAAGUUCUGCCUCGGGGAGGACAAGCCUCCAGGACGAGAAACGGCGUUUGGAGGCAAGGAUUUCCCAGUUGGAGGAAGAGCUGGAGGAAGAGCAGGGCAACAUGGAGGCCAUGAGCGAUCGCUUCCGGAAGGCCGUCCAGCAGUCGGAGCAGCUGAACAACGAACUGGCGUCGGAGCGUGCAGCGGCACAGAAGAACGAAAGCGCCCGGCAGCAGCUGGAGCGACAGAACAAGGAGCUGCGGUCCAAACUCCAGGAGAUGGAAGGGUCUGUCAAGUCCAAGUUCAAGGCCACCAUCACUGCCCUGGAGGCCAAAAUUGUUCAGCUGGAGGAACAGCUGGAACAGGAAUCCCGAGAAAAGCAGACGGCCGCCAAGGCUCUGCGCCAGAAAGACAAGAAACUCAAGGAGGUUUUGCUGCAGGUUGAGGACGAGCGGAAGCAAGCAGAGCAAUACAAAGACCAGGCGGACAAAGGCAACGCCCGGGUGAAGCAGCUGAAGCGGCAGCUGGAGGAGGCAGAGGAAGAGUCCCAGCGGAUCAAUGCCAGCCGCCGGAAGCUGCAGCGGGAGCUGGAUGAAGCCACCGAGAGCAACGAGGCCAUGGGCAGGGAAGUGACCGCCCUGAAGAGCAAACUCAGAGGGAACCCAGAGCCUUCGCAAUGACUGAGCAGACGGGGCAACGAGCCGUCCUCCUUUGCCCCUUCGCGCCGAUCCGGCGGCGGCCGGCGGACCAUUGAAAACGCCGCUGAAGGGUCCGAGGAAGAAGUGGACGCCCGAGACGGAGACUUCAACGGAAC